AUGAACGACCUCAACCUGCUGUGGUCUUGCAUCAUGAACGACCUCAACCCGCAGUGGUCGCCCCCUGAGAAGUUCGAGUUUGAAGUGGACGAAUGGGAGAACCAGUUCCUAAUCACCCAAGUGUAUGACUACAACCGGCUCAGCAAAGAUGACCUUAUCGACGGUGUCCCACCUGCAGCUUAUGUGCUGCAAGGCUGA